UCCUCCCCACUCUGGCGACAGCAACAGAAGGACCGUGCACGAUGAGGUCGAGUCACGGUCUGAGAGAAGGAGGAGGAGUCAAGGGAGACUGUUGAUUUUUUUUUAACAGGGCGGGACAUGGAGACCAUUGGCGAGGAGAAGGUGGAGCUGGAAGAUAUACUGAACAGACUGCGGGAAGAUGGACUGGACACCGAAGCCUGCACUGCAGAUGAGCACCUCUGUCACCUAUGGCGUAUAUACCAGCGGGCUGAGGGCACAUUGCAAGCCACCAUGCAGGACCUGGAAGGGGUGCGACAGCAACAGGCCUCUGAGAUGAAGGAGGUGGAGAAUUAUGUAGAUCACAUCCGCAAUUUGUCGGAGGAGCGGGAGGCAACGACGGCUGAAUACGAGCGGGAGAAUGAGUUGCUAAAGAUGGAACUACAGCGGCUGAAGUUGGAGCAAGUACUUUGGACUGAUGGAUGUGCAGAGACACAGGUGAAGGAAGUGGAAGAGAUGUUGGAUCAGGAAGGAUUAGCAGAGAUCACACACAGUGGCCCAAGUGAGCAGGUGGCCUACCUGCUCGUAGAGCGAGCUACGCUGCUGGAAAAGUUGGAAAUGGCUGAGAGAAAGGUGGAUUCACAGAGUGUCACAGGGAGCACUCGUGAGACACACUUGCAGGUGGAGUUGGACCUGAUGCGGCAAACCCUGGAAGAGGAAUUGAAACAGCAGCGGGAGUCCAUGCAACACACCAAGGAAACCAUGGCAAAGGAUCCUUUAUCUCAACCUGCAAGUCCAUGGAAGAAGCUGUUUGGGGUCCGUCAACAGACGCACAGCGUCUCCAAAGACAUAGCCACUCAUGAAGAGGACCUGGAGAAUGAGAAGAAGCUACGGGAACGAACAGAGAGAGACCUGGAUGAGGCAGCACGACGAUUACAGAUGGCACACGAGGAGAUCCGUCGACUAACAGAUGAACUGGACAUGGAGAGAAAAUUGCAUUGUAACAAUGACUUCAUGGAACUGAAUAAAGCCAAAGAACAGAACAGCAAACUGGAUGAAGAAAUCCUGGCAUUACGCGAUCGUGUACGAGCAUUGGACUUAGAACGAAAAUCCCUUUUAGAAACAGUUGAAAGUCUUCAAAAAAUCCAGCCAUUGCAGAAAGAACAAUUCAGUAUUUCACAGAAGAAAAUGGAUCAGCUGCAAUCACAACCCAGGAGAGAACCAGCCCAACAGAUGGAUUCCCAGCAACAACCAGUAAAAGAAAUUCCAGUGUCAUCUGUUCGAAAGAAGAAAAAGUCAUAUACAUCUUCACGUUCUUUUGAUAAGGACCCUGGUUGCCAAGAUUUGGAGGCAGAUUCAUGGCUCUCAGAUUCAGGCCAUGAUGGUCAGCAUCCAAAAUCAGAGGAACUCCACAAAAGGUGCCACCAUGAGAUUAAUCGGCUAGACGCCAAGAACCAUGAACUGCAGCGUAAGAUGCACAAGCUGCAACAGGAACUUGAAGAGGUAGCAUUGAGGAAUGAGACACUUGAGUCUACUAUAGAAGAAUACCAGAAUCGUUUAAAAGAUGGCAAGCUUAGCACUGACUGUGAGAAGGAAAUACUGAAAACCAAGGUCACCACUAUGGAGUCUGAUUAUGUAAAACUCAAGCGAAAGUACAAGGAACUUAAAGCCAAAAGUCAUGAGGUGAUCAGUGCUGUGAGUAAGGAUCAAGAUAUUCAGGAGCAGUUAAAAAGGAGUCAAACGACAAUGGAGGGCAUACAGCUAAGGCUUGAAGAAGAAAUUAAAAACCGGGAGUACCUUGAAGCAGCACUGUCUAGUGCCCAGCAGUCAAAAGUACGAGCAGAGGAGGAGCUGGAGGCAUUCAGAACUCAAGUGCACUAUCUGAAUGCGGAAUUGAAGGAUUAUCGUGCAUCAACAGAGCAGAAUCAAGCAUUAAAUAAUGCUCUUGAAAGGAUGCAAUUGGAGAAUAAUGCUCUAGAACAGAAGCUCAACAAGGUGCUGGAGGAUUACGGAGAGUUGCCCAAGAAUUGUCAAGGGAUACCAAACAACAGUUGGAAAGAAAUAGCAGAGAGAUACCAAUGCCAGAUAGCAGAAUUGACGAACACCAUAUGCAAACUCCAGGAAGAACAAAGCUGUGUAUAUAACCAAGUGAGUGACUGUCCCAACAAAACGCUAGAAUGUAUGCAGCAGAAGCUCACUACGAUGCUAAAGGAAAACCAGCAGCUGAACCAGGACAAUUUUAUUUUAAGGCAGCAGUUGUGCAGCAACCAGCAGGGCAGCCAGACUGUGAACCAGGAGAUUUGCAACAUACGGCAGCAGCUCGUCUCCAGCCAGCAGGAGAACAAACUGGCCACACAGGAAAACUGUACCUUACGGCAGCAGCUGGCAUGUAGCCAACAGGAAAACCAGCACCUGAACCAAGAAGUGUGCAACAUACAGAAACAGCUGAAUGACCUAAUUCAUUCCAAAGAACAAGUGGAAGACACCAUUAAUCAGGUGCAGCUGCAGGCUCUGAAGCUGGAAAUGAGUCAGUUGCAGACUUCUCUAGAAUUAGAACAGAAGAAUUCUUUACAGCAGAAACAAGCCCUAGAAUUGCAGCUGGAAGAGACGAACAACAGGGCUAAGUCGCAGGAAGCAUUGCUGGUGCAGCAUACUGCGGAGUCCCGGCAGCUGCGGCAGGAUUUGCAGAGGGUACAUAACUUGUGCAGCACUGCUGAAAAGGAACUGAAGUACAAGAGAGAGCAACUGAUAGAGCUGCAAAGACAAAAUUCUCUGCUUGAUCAGGAAAAUAACAGGGUGAACUUGGAGUUCAAAACAGCACAGUGUAGGCUGUCUGAACUGGAUAAACACAACUUAAUAUUGAAAUCAGAAUGUGACAUUAAGCAGCAAAGGCUGAAAGAACUGGAAUUAGAAUCUAGCAAGACCUUCCACAUCAGCAAACAGUUAAAGAGCGUACAAGAUGAACUCAUCGGAGAGAAAAACAGAACUAUAUGUGCAGAGAAAAAGACUGCAGAGCUACAGCAACAUUUGUGCAGCAUUCAGCAUCAGCUACGACUGUCAGAGGCACGAGCUAGGGAGAGGGAAGCGUUGGAAACAGAACUAAAGGAAAGCAGGGACACAGCUGCCAAGCUCAAGAAUCAGCUACAGGAAGAACAUCUUCAGAGGAAACUUGCAGAUCAGAACUCAGAGGAACUCCAGAAACAAAUCAAAUCAAUGCUAGAAAAGGAAGGGUGCUUAUCACGGGGAAAAUGUGACCUGGAGCAGCAAAUACAGCAACAGGAGUCACGGCUGCGAGUUCUGGAAGAGGAAAAGGAAGCCUUGACUGCUGAGAAUCUCUGUAAUCAAAAGGCCAAUAAGAAUCUGAUGGGUGAAAUUUGUACACACAAGCAAGAGAUAGAGAAACUUAAGGAAGAGCUGCAGAACAUGCUCCAUCAAUUGGAUUCACAAGUCAGAUUAUAUAAUGAGAAACAGAUGAGACACAAACAGAAGCUGCGCAAAGCUAAAGAGAUCUUUAUCCGUGAAGUGAUGCUCCGGGAUGGUAAAAUAAAACAUCUGGAAAGUGAGAUCAAAUUGCUGAAAAACCUGAUGGAUAAGGAACAUGCCUGGAACAUGAAGGUCACAUAUGAAAAUGAUCUGCUUCUUGUUGAGAAGAGAGAACUUCUACAAAAGUUGAAUGAGCAAGAGGACGCUGUACGGAACAACAAUUCAGUUGUCUGCAAUGUAAAGCACAGAUCUCCCGCCUCUGGUGCCCACACAUCUCUGCUGUUGUCAGCAACAAGAACUGUUAACGACCAAGGCCAGCGGAAAUCCCAAAAAUCGGCAUCCAGGAUUAACUAUCUGGAAGAGGAGAACAAACAGCUUCAAGACGAGACAGUGAAGUUGAGUGACCGGCUUGGCUCAUUGGAGCGCUCUCUGAAAAUAAUUAAGACGGAUCCUUCCAAGUCGCAACAUUUUGAGAAUUUGUCCGUGUCCUUUCCCCAGGACACUUGCAAGUUUCAGUACAAUGACACUUCUGUAAAGAAUGGCAACUUCCUAUCUUCAGCACGCGACACACCGUCACCAGCUAGUAGUAACAAUUUCGGUUCUUUGGAAAACAUUCGACGCAGCAAAACAGCGUUGUGUUCUGAUGCCACAAAGUCUACAUUUCCAACCCGGUUGCAUCAUUCAGACGUGGGCUACUUAAACCUGACGAGCUCCCCAUGGUGCAAGGACCAGGAAGAAGGCCGAAGUCUCGGCAGUGAUGAGGUGUGAUCAGGCCACUGUUGGACUGAGUGACCCACAAGGUGUUUCUAUCUGGAGUUCAAGUAAUGCUGGCAACGGGGCCAGGGACAUAUUAACUCAACAUACAGCAAGCUGUUGUCUUUGUCACAUUGCCCAACAAGAAUAUUAACACAUCUUUCUCUGGUAGAUUGGUUGAAAUAACUGAGUUAAUGCCGGUCCAGCUAUUGCACUUACAAGCACACAAAUACUGGACUCGUACCAGUAUUAUAAAUGUCAAAGGUGGAGGUUGGGUGUAUGAAACCAUUCUGGUUCUAUGGUUCUAAAAUCCACAGAACUCCCCCAGUGUUAAAAUGAACUAUAGUACUGCUGCCUGAUUUGUACAAUGAGAACAAAGAACUCACCUGUAUGAGUAAUUAUUUUGUCCACAGUGUAGUUUGAAUCUAUUAUUUGAGCUGAGCUUUG